AUGCUGUUCGCCAUCUCGCUCCUGUCGCUGGGCACGCUGGCCCUCGCCCGUCCGUCCGCCCCCAGGUCGUUGUCGUGUACGGCUGCCACUUUCGAGGCAUUCCUUGCCAGCAGUAACAUCACGGCCACGGUCAACUCGGCCCAGGCUAUCGCUGCCAACGGCACUUUUGAGGUCACCAACAACACCGCGUACCCCAGCUCCCCAACCAAGUUGCAGGCCCUGUGUGCCGUCGAGGUCAACGUGACCUCGGAGGCUGGCACGCACUACAGCUUCGGCCUCUUUCUGCCUGAUGCCUGGAACAACCGCUUCCUAGCGGUUGGCAACGGCGGUUAUGCCGGUGGCAUCAACUACAUUGACAUGGGCGCUGGCGCUGGCUACGGCUUUGCCGUCAUGUCCACCGAUACUGGCCACAGCGGUGGAUUCCAGGAGACAGCGUGGGCUUACAACAACACCGAGUCCAUCACCGACUGGGGAUGGCGCGCCAUGCACGGUUCGACUGUCGCCUCCAAGGCCUUGAUCAACGCCUGGUACGGCAGCGCUUCCGAGUACAACUACUUUAGCGGAUGUUCCGUCGGUGGUCGCCAGGGUCUCCGCGCUCUGCAGCUGUUCCCCGAGGACUUUGACGGCGUCUCGGCUGGCGCGCCAGCUUGGUGGACCACCCACAACCAGCUGUGGGCAGUUAAGACGCUGACGUACAACUACCCGGCCAACGCAAGCCACUUCAUCCCGUCCAGCAUGUUCAACGUGAUCGGCGCCGAGGUCAUCAAGCAGUGUGACCCGCAGGACGGGGUGACCGACACCAUCAUCUCGGACCCCUUCCGCUGCAACUUCAACCCGUUGACCUUGCUCUGCGCUCCCAAUGUCACCGAGUCGUGCCUGAUCCCCGACCAGAUCGAGACGCUGAACAAGAUUUACAACGACUGGGUUGAGACCAACCAGACGUAUGUCUUCUCGCAUCUCCUUCUUGGCACCGAGGCCUCGUGGAACAACGACGUGGGCACCGGUUCGCUCGCGACCCUCGAGAGCCAGUCGGGCUUUGCCCAGGAUCUCAUGCAGCUCGGCGACAGCUGGACCUUUGAGGACCUGACCAUCGAGACUGUCGAGCUUGCCGAUGAGAUCAACCCGGGAAACGCGACCGCCGACGAUUUUGACCUCUCGCCCUUCUACAACCGCGGCGGCAAGCUGAUCCACCACCACGGUCUUUCUGACGGAACGCUCGCCACAGGCAGCAGCCUGUACUUUUACACCCACGUCGUGCGGGCCAUCUGGGAGCACGGCAUCGACGUCGACGACUUUUACCGCCUGUUCCUUAUCCCCGGCAUGGAACACUGCCAGAGCACGCCCAGCAACAUGAACGCUCCCUGGUACAUUGCCGGCGCCAACCAGCCUGCGUCCAUCAGCACGUCUCUGCACAGCGUGCCCUGCUUCAGCGACGCCAAGCACGAUGUCAUCCUCGCCCUCAUGGCGUGGGUCGAGAACGGCACCGCGCCAGACAGCAUCAUCGCCACCAAGUGGGUCGACGACAACACCCAGGCCGAGGUGUCCAGGCAGCGUCCCAUUUGCCCCUACCCCAAGGAGGCCAAGUACAACGGUACCGGCGACGUUGACUCGGCUGACAGCUGGGAGUGUGCCACCCUCUACUAA